GCUGCAGUGAAACAGCAGAGGCGCUGUGUGAACCAGUGUGUUACGAGAUGGUCACAUGUCUGUGACGAGGCGAAGCAGGAAGUACAGCACAUUUCUGUGCAGGCAAAACUGAGUGGAGGAGGUAAAAAGUAAACAUGCAACAGAGACAAUCUUUGAUACAGAUGAUACAACCAAUCGUUACUCUAUUGAAUUAAGAGAUGGUCUGUUUUCCAGGGUAUCGUUUUGCACACAAUUGCAAGGCGAGUAGUUCAAAGUAGUUCAACUUUUACCUUGUCUCUAAACCUACAGGAGCAUGUUCCACCAAAAUUACCCGUAUAAAGCAUUUGUCAGCAGAUUGAUUCUUCUCCAUGUGCAGUUUAAUAAACGAGUUGUAACAAUGUCAAUACCGAAACUCUCAGAAGAAAGCUCGAAGCGACUGAGAGGCAGAAGCCGGUUACAGAUCAACGCUGACAGGAGAGAAGCUGCAGACUGUAAUGUGGUGGUGACGAGCAGCAUGGGGGGCGAACACGACCACGCUGGAAGAAAGUUCACAGAGGAAGAGAUGACCAUCCAUAGAGCCCACAGAGAGGCGUGUGAGGCAAAGAAGCAGAUGUAUGUCGACCCUUCCAGUGGGUACAAGGUGUUCACAGAGUAUGCCCACCUUCAGAGAGGGAAAUGCUGUGGCAGCGCAUGCAGACAUUGUCCAUAUGGCCAAGUCAACGUGAAGGACCCUGCAAUGAAGAAACAAUUUAAUUCUCUAUUUUAUGUAUAGGCCUCACAUGACAAAGGCCUGUUCAGAAUGGAACCCAGAACACGUUGCUUGUCAUAAUUUGGACUACUUGAGAGUCAUUUUUUUAGCAGUGUACUAAAUGAUGAAAUAUGUGUAGUGUCUGUGCAAUAUCUACCUCCUGUGAAUCCCAACUAUUCUCAGGAUUAUUUUUAUUCUCACAAGACAGGGAAGAAGGAGAAAGGAUCUGUUCACUAGAACCUCAUGUAAAACAUGUCUUUUAUCACGUUUUUGUUUUGCUACAUUUUUCAGAUAUUUUUCUCGAAUGGCCAAUGAAAUGCCUUGAGCUUCAUUUUUUUGUUUCUCUUAAAGAGUAUUUAAUAUUUUGUGGUGUUCCGCUCCUCUGAUGCAUUUACAAGGGUUGUGGGAGUAUGGAGAUGAAAACAGAAAGAGCAUUUUAGAUCUUCGCCCUCAAGAUAAAGGGCAUAUAGGCGAAAGUAACUGUAGAUAGUCAGAUGGAGUCUUGUGCUCUUUUGCUAUGCAUCUCUUGUUAUUUUUCCUCCCAAAUGUACGACUGCAUGAAUAUUAGCAUCAUUUACACUCCACAAGUGCUCGACUGAACUGUCUACCUUUGACUGAAACACUGUGUUGUUAAAAAUAGGCAGGGGCCAAGGGUCAGCCCUCACACUUGGCUGCGCUGCUUUUACACCACUUGAUGGAAUCAGGCUGUUAACAAACAUGCCAUGGACAUCAACAGCAGCCCUCCCCACUGGACUCGCAGCUCAGCCUCCUGGCAACACUUGGCUGCGGCACAGCUCCCUGCGGCUGCUCUCCUGAGCUGCAGCCUAAUGAACUCCUGGACCCUCUUAUCCCAGCACUGCAAUAGAUCAGCUCAUGUUCACGAGCACGCUUAGACGCACACAUGCAGAGGCAGGCUUACUCCAUCAGAACACCCUGUGGCUCCUAAUAGGCCAGUAUAGAAUAAAGGUUGCACUAAACACCGCACUGUGUAGCCUAUAGUAAUAGUACAAGGUAAGGUCAAGCGCUCAUGCAGCACUACCUGUGCGUGCAAGAGAUGUUGAGGAAAGAUGUACCACUUGAUUUAUGAGUGCAUGUGGUUGGACAGCACGAUGCCUCCAGGCACUGGCUCUGAACCUGCCACACACACUUGCCUGUCUCCGCCUGAUUGGGCAAACAGCGUUGGGAUGAGAGGAUGUGUCUGCCGCGGAAUUCUGUCGCAGCCGCCUACUGGCGCGGCCACAAUUUCCCUCGGCAGGUGGGUCCCAAAGGCAAGUGCUUAGUGAUCGGACUAAAGCCCUGUGAGCGGCUACAAGGAGAUUCAUGAUCCCAACAGUGCUGGGGAGGACAGGUUCUUGGGGAUACGUCGUCAGGCGAGAUGAGAGGCGAAUUUAUUUGGUGUUUUUCUAAACCGAGGCAGCGGAGCGUGCGGCAGCAACAUUUCUACACCGGGACGGUGAAGGUGUCACACUCAUCAAGUACCUGGGCCCGCUUGCAUGCUGCGGCUCUGCGAGUUUUGCCUAGGGACUUGUCUGUCACAUUAAAGUAAAUGCAUUGCCAUUCAGGGCCUCGGCGGUCCCGCAGCCUGACCAUGAAAUAGGCCAACAUUCAUGUCUGCCUCAUCCCUCCACGUCUUCCCAAUCCAGUGAUGGCACAGUUUGAAAUUUUCAUUUUUUUAAUAUCAUGUUCUAACCAAGCAGUUGGUGACAGAGGCAAACAGCACAGCUGAGCAAUCCCUUCGACAGAUUUAUGGAGAAAUUUAAUUGGAAAUCGACUAUGCCUUCUGCCACCCUGGUCAAUCAUAUAGGUUUAGAAACAGUAAGCCUUGUCUUAGGCUACAUGUUCUUGAAUUGUGCCCUUUCAAAUGCAUGAUUGAGUAUGUCAUGUACUUCCACAACGAGAGCGCAUUUAACUAAAGUCUGGGCUUUUUCCUGCUGUCUUGCAGAAUCAUUGUUUAUAAUACAGUCUUUAAUUAAUUGUAGCAAGUUCAUAACAUUAAUGCCAUAUUUACUCACAAAAUGCCUCAAUUGACUUUAUGCAUAAAUUAAUUCCUUUUGUUGAUUUUAUCUGUCUUAUGCAAUGAUGACAAAUAAAGACAUUGUAAAAGUU